AGGGAAACACACACACAUUCAUGUGGUAAGCAAACUCCAGACUCCCUCACUAAAGUCAGUUGUUUGUUGAUCCCAUCCAACUCCCCACACACCCGCAGUGUAAGCAGAUUAACACUCCUUACAUCAUGUGGUUACCUGAUGCUCUUCUUCAGUGUUUCAUGCGCAUGCGACCGGUUCCGUAUGGCAACUGUCAUCUGACGUCAACCAGCCGCGAUCCGGUUGGAUGCGGAAGAUGGCUUUUUGCAGUGACAGAGUGACGAAGGUACGAAGCAGCAUAAAGAGCGGUGGGCUGGACGGUUUGUGUCACUACUGCCAUCAUCUUCUUGGAUAUCACACAAGGAGAAGCUGGAGGAGUCCUGAGAAUUACCAGCGCUGAGGGAAUUCUCAUCUAGUCUUCUCUUUUCAAAUUCGGAGCCACUUAUUGUCUUCUUCAUCAUCCAUUUUGUCGUCCAAAAUGUCCACAUCCGAGGCGACGACUGCAGUGUCUUAUGCCUGUGACACUCAUUCCACAGUGUGUUCAGGCCCAAACUGCCUCGUCUCUCCCGAUGACUUCAAUGCCAUCCUGAGCCUGGUGAUGAGUGUGGUGCUCACUGUAAUGCUCGCCAUGGUCAUGUUUGCAAUGGGCUGCACUGUGGAUUCCAAAAAGCUGUGGGGCCACAUCAGGAGACCCUGGGGCAUCUUCAUCGGCUUCCUCUGCCAGUUCGGCAUCAUGCCUUUCGCGGCCUUUGCCUUGUCACUGGCCUUCCGUGUUCUGCCUGUGCAGGCUGUUGUCAUCAUCAUUAUGGGCUGCUGUCCUGGAGGCUCCAGCUCCAACGUUAUCUGCUAUUGGUUGGAUGGAGACAUGGACCUAAGCAUCAGUAUGACAACCUGUUCCUCAAUCCUGGCCUUGGGGAUGAUGCCUCUCUGUCUGCUAAUUUACACCUCCACCUGGACUUCAAGUGACACCAUCCAGAUCCCAUAUGACAGUAUUGGUAUCACUCUGGUGUCCAUACUCGUCCCAAUUGCUCUGGGAAUGUAUGUGAAAAGCAAGAAGCCCAUCUGGGCAAAAAAGAUCCUCAAGGUAGGAUCCAUUUUAGGCUUUGCUCUCAUCAUCAUCAUAGCUGCGGUUGGAGGAAUUCUCUACCAGUCAUCCUGGAUCAUUUCUCCCGCCUUAUGGAUUAUUGGAACUAUCUACCCCUUCAUUGGUUUCAGCCUGGGCUUCCUCUUGGCCCGCUUUGCAGGUCAACCCUGGUACAGGUGUCGAACCAUCGCAUUGGAGACGGGUUUUCAGAACUCCCAGCUGUGCAGCACCAUUGUCCAGCUGUCCUUCAGCCCUGCUGAGCUGGAGGUCAUGUUUGCAUUUCCCCUUAUCUACAGCAUCUUUCAACUAGUGAUGGCAGUCAUGUCUGUGGGAGCCUACCAGGCAUACAAAAAGUAUUCUGGCCGUGGCUCAGCUGAUACAGACAGUGAGGCUCCAUCCCUGGAAAGUGGUGAUGGUGAGUUAGAGAAAAAGAAGGGACAUGCUGUGGAAAAUAGUGCCUUUGAGUAUAACGAUAAUGGCAACAGCGAGGAGAAGGGUAUGGACAUGAAAAAGAUUACCCAGUUGUGAGAUGCAAAUCACAGACUUUGGACUUUCAGUAUAAACAUCUAGGGCCACAACACAACUGAGGACAGCAGUUAAACUCAACACUGUGAAUACACACUGCACUCUGCAGGCCGGAGCUGUGCACUGCAGCUCCUGUUGUCAUCAACUCCAGAAAUGUACAGCCAACAAUUAACUCCAAGGGAGAGCGGUGUUAUACUGUAUACUGUUAUACUGUAUCAUGAUGUGAAGCCCUCUUUUCCUAUAAUUUAUUCAUUUAUUAACAUUUUC